UCAGUUCCAGAGAGAAGAAAGAAAAUGAAGUCUUUGGCAAUAGUAGCAUAUGGGCUUAGCUUAGUAGUUUUAAUAAACUACACUUGUUUGUGUUCUGAUCUGCAGAUGGGCUACUACAAGGGCAAAUGUCCAGACAAUAAAACAGAUGUGGAGGACAUUGUCAAAAGUUCUAUAGCCUCACAAUAUGCGUUAGAUGCAACCACUAGCCCUGCACUCAUACGUAUGCAAUUCCAUGAUUGUUUUGUCAGGGGAUGUGAUGCAUCAAUACUCCUAGAUGGCAAUAAAACUGAGAAGAAUGCACCUCCUAACCUAACCGUGAGAGGUUAUGAUGUAAUCGACAAAGCGAAAUCCGAUGUCGAGGAUAAAUGCCCUGGUGUUGUUUCUUGUGCUGAUAUAAUUAUCAUGGCUGCUAGAGAAGCUGUUGUGUUGGGUGGAGGUGACUACUACAAUGUAACAUUGGGGAGAAGGGAUGGACAACAUUCCAAUAUAACUGAAGCUGUGCUUCUCCUCCCUGCUGCUGACAUUUCAGUCGGGGACUCAAUUGCAGCAUUUUCAGCUCUGGGAAUUGAAGUUUCAGACAUGGUUGCCCUCAUUGGUGCUCACACAGUAGGAGUCGCACAUUGUUCUUCCUUCAAAGAUCGUCUCUACAAUUUCAACAACACAGGAAUGGCAGAUCCAACCAUGGAUGAAGCUCUCCUUAACUCAUUAAAGUCAACUUGUCCUCAGAAUUCAACAGAUGAUAACUUUGCCAAUCUGGAUCAAAACUCUCUCAGUGCAAACACUGUUGACAACUCCUUCUUCAUGCAAAUACAAAAGGGCAAAGGACUUCUAGGUAUCGACCAAGAGAUAGAUCUGGACACUCGAACUAAUGGAACAGUUCAGCAAUUUGCCAACAGUAAUACACUAUAUACUGGACAAUUGGGUAUUGCCAUGAUCAAAUUGGGAGAUGUAAAUGUCCUUACUGCUCCAUUAGGAGAGAUUAGGACAUCAUGUCGAUACACUAAUGCAGAUUAUUCCGCUCCUCCCCCUCCACCUAGUUGUAAUCAUUCCUCAACCCCUCCUAGUAAUUCCUCAGCCCCUGCUAAUAGUUCCACAACCCCUCCUAAUAAUUCCUCACCCCCUCCUAAUAAUUCCACAACCCCUCCUAAUACUUCCUCACCCCCUCCUAAUAAUUCCACAACCCCUCCUAAUACUUCCUCACCCCCUCCUAAUAAUUCCACAACCCCUCCUAAUACUUCCUCACCCCCUGCCAAUAGUUCCUCAACCCCUCCUAAUAAUUCCACAACCCCUCCUACUAAUUCCUCAUCCCCUCCUACUAAUUCCUCAUCCCCUACAUAGAGUUUUCAUGCUCCCCUUGGCAAUAAAAUUGCUUUCUACCAAUAAUAAUAAUAUUCCUCACCCCCCCCCCAUUAAUUGUAAUUGUUGACCAAAUUAGUAUAUGUAUGAUCAGGUCUAUGCUUUCUAUAUAUUAUUUAUAAAUGGGACACAUGAUUGUGGAUUCUUCUUUUCUGCAUACUGUUAUUUGUAACCUAUGUCGAAAGACUCUAUAGUAUUGUU